ACGUGAUAAUUAUUGGGAUGUAGAUGUCAUAAAAUGGAGAUUGCAGCGAUGUUAUUGUGAAAUAUUGUACUCGCAUAGAUUCCUAGGCCAAUAAGAACUUUUCGUUGAAGAGAUAAGACUUUUUGCGUUACAGUUGGUAUCUCACACUAAAGGCCUGAAUGGGCCAUAAUGGAUCCAAGCAGACAUCAAUGUCAUUGCCAUCCAGUCCUUCGUCUGGUAACAAUGACAUCAGCUCAGAUAGUGAUUCAGACCAAAAUCAGGAGAAGGUAACUCCAAAAUUGGAAAAGAAACGGAGCAGCAAGAAGAAGAUGUCACUGUUCAGAAGUCAGAGUGCAGGGGCAAAGCGCCGAUUGGACCAUUUGCUUUACCUGGGCCAGGAGAGUCCCGAACCUAACUUUGACCUAUCCAAUUGUGAAAUGUCAGAGGUGCCGCCCAAUGUAUACUCUUUGUGCAAAGUACUCAACAAAGAGGCAUUGCUUUUGAAUGACAACUGGAUAUUGGGGUUAGAUCACAGUAAGGUGGGAGAUCUCAAAAUGCUGAGGGUUUUGGAUCUUCAUAAUAACAAAGUCAAAUUACUGCCUUUUGAACUUGGUGGUUCGUCAAAACUGCAGGUUUUAAAUCUAGAAAAUAAUAGAUUGGGACGGUUACCUGACAGCCUUACAAAACUACGCCAUCUCCAGACCUUGAAUGUAAAAGGCAAUAAAUUCAAGAUAUUUCCGAUGAGCAUUUGUAGAAUGAAGAGUCUACGGCUACUGGAUAUAUCCGAUAAUCUUAUCACCUCUUUACCGAAAGAACUAUGUCAAGUUGUAACGUUAGAAACUAUAAUACUGGAUGCUGAAAAAAUGACAUAUCCUCCAGCAGAUGUCUGUUGUCAGGGUACUGAGGCCAUAAUGCAGUUUCUGUGUGAUGAGAGUAGAGUGGAGUACCUGGCACCGUCCAAUUUCCUGUUAAGGGUGCUUGAUUCUCCUGAUGACUCUUCUCCAAGUGGUGUGAAUGACUCCUUACGCCAAACGGCUGCGGAGGAGAAAAUACUGCUGAAAACCUUGGAAGAUCAACGUACACAAACGGAGAAGAAGCGACUGGAGAAGAUAGAGUUGGAGCGUAACCUAGCAGAGAACCAGAGAGAGCAGGCCUACCUGGCCAGUCUGGCCCAAAACCGCAAGCAGUCCUUCAUUGACAUGGUAGCUGAGGACCAGAAUAAGAUUGAGCGUGAGUUGGAGGAGUUAAGUAUGAAGAAGGAUGAAGAGAGAAGCAGACUGCUGACAGACCUGAAAAUGAUUGAGGAAGGGACCAAUAACCUGAUUCAAAAGAUGUUAGAAAUGAAUGAGAAAGCCAGGAAAAAUGAGGAAUUACUGGACCAACUGGAGAAUGAAAGGAUUGAGAAGGAAGAACUAUUUGUUGUCCGAUGGGAAGAAGUGCAGAACUUGAGAAAGAAGGAAGUUCUAGAUGCAAUGAAAUACAUCCUGACUGAGACAGAGGGCUUUGAGAAGUUACGACAAGACUACACCACUAACAAAGAAUUUACUAUGCAAAAGGCUCUUGAAGAUGAGGCUAUGCUGGCCAGUGGACAGGUUGAGAGCAUUUUGUACCACAGAGAAGUUGGAAACAUGGUAAUGCUGGACAUCCUUAAGGAACAGGGACAGUUACAGCGCGAGGCGUUUGAGGCGCUCCAGCUCCAGAAAGACACCAAGCACCAGAGAAUUAGUACUCAGAUUGCACUUAUACAGGAAGAGUUGAUGAAUCUGACUGCUGUGGAAAUCGAGAAACGCUCACUACGCACGGAAGAAGAAAUUAAUGUGGUGGCCGAGAAGAGGAUUGCUUUAAUAGAGCUGUUAUCACAGCUGAUGUGUGAACAGGAGAAACGCCAGAUUUUACUGAAGAGACGCUUGAAAGAGAUGGAACAGCAGAGACAGGAUGGUCAGACAGAUUACUGGUUGGUGCAAUAUCAGCGACUCAUGGAUAAGAAACCCCAGGCACUUAUAGAUCAGGAGCGACAGCUUGAGAUUGCUGUGGUGACUAUUCUCGAGGAUUCCUCUGCUGAUGACUACAUCCCACUGUUUGCUCGCCAUAGAAUCACCAUAGAAACACUGCUACAAUUGUCCGAAGAUGACCUUAAACAGAUGGGAGUGCAUGAAAUGGGACUGAGGAAAUCCAUUCUCCGAAACCUUGACCACUAUAGAGAGAAAAAGGGACAACAGUAUCCAAAACCAAAGGAGGAAAACAAGGGAGCAUGGGACUCCUACCUGGAGUCUAAGGUGCAAGACAAUGAAGGAGAAAGUGAAGCCACAUUACCAUCAGCGCCCCCUGUGGAGCCAUGCACUACUAGACAGUCCUCAAUCCUGGCCAGGGGAAUUAACACUGAAUGUGUUGUGUGCUUGGAUAAAUCUACGGAUGUGAUAUUCCUGAAUUGCGGACAUGUGUGUACUUGUAUAGAUUGUUCGGUGAAGGUACAGGAAUGCCCAUUGUGUCGCGAGCCUAUUGCCCAGCGUGUGAAGCUAAUGAUUUCAUCUUCGUGACACAGUCUGGACGUCUUGAUAAACCCACUUACACAGGACUUCGAACAAUAAUGUCUUUUCCAAGUUUUGGGAUACUAAUACUGUCACAGAAAAGGAACAUUCAGAACCAUACAAAAACGUCAUGUUUAUCUUGUAAGACCUGUGUAUGGCUGUAUUCUUAUUUAUUGUUUUGUCAUUUUAUGCCAAAUUUUCAGGUUCAAUGGUUGUAUGAAUCGAGUUGUAUGUUCUUCACACACUCAAAUGAUCAUCAAUAAGAAUAGACUUUGAAUCAUAAAACAGUUUUAGAAAAGAAAAACACAGUCUAGAUUAUUUCAUGUCUGGUUCCUCACAAGAACUCGGACUGUUCUUACCCCUUUUAGGCACUGAUACUGCCUAUAAGUAUAUAUAUUUUAGUGAUUAAGGAUAUAUGCUACCCUCAUGUGAAAACAUCUCUGUUUUCAAGAGGUUUCACACUGAGAAACCUGUAAAUGGUCUUCUUUAGAAAUGAAAACACAUUUAAAAGGUAGACAAGAAUACAUGAAUUGAUCCAACUCCGGUAAUUCAAAAUAACAUAAGAUAAUGCUUGCUAUUUUUUCAAGGAAGAUAACCUAAAUCUCAUGUAUCUACUAGUGAGAAUAACUCUUAAUACAAAUCACGGGUGUACUGUGAUGAGUAGAGUAGUGUUAAUCCUUAAAGAAAAAAUACACAGUAUUUUGAAAUUAAAUUUUCUACUGUAAAAGUGGAUUUUUUCGCAGUGUGAAAAUGCUCAUAUUUUUCCGUUAGUUCAUUAGCACAAAAAUAUUCUCACGCAAAUAUAUAUAUAUAGAUUAUAUAUAUAUAGAACAUCAUAUAUAUCAGAACUAUUGCCAACAUGAAAACGUCCACACCACAAUCAGUUUAAAGAGUCACACCCCAAACAUUUCCUCAUGAAAGAAUUUCCAUUUUUACAGUAUUUUAAUCUAAUUCAACAUUUUAAAUGUAUAACUGAAAGUAGUUUUGAUGUAUCAUGACAUAAGCACUAACAAACAGUAUGGUAUAUAUUCUAAAUUCAUUCACGGAAAGUCUUUUUUUAAAUUUCUAAUUUCAUUCUGUACAUUUUAAUACUGGCAAUUGUUGUAAAAAAAUCUAUAAAAAUAUGUUAUUGGAUUUAUCUAACAAUGGAUGUGUUGUUUACUAUUACAGAAAUGAACAUGUGUUGUUUACUAUUACAGAAAUGAACAUGUGUUGCUUAAUACUCUCUAGUUAUGUUAUCUGUUAUGCUCAAUGUAUCUAAGAACAAAAUGUCCAAAUACUCCUGAUAUUGGUUCUGAUUAUCUGGACAUUAUCACCGAUAGUUAUCAUGGAGUGAAGGUAGUAUGGAUUGAUGACAAAUCAAAACCUGUGUAGUGUAAUUCAGUGUAGUGUAAUUCAGUGUAGUGUAAUUCAGUGUAUUUUUACUUGGUAGUAAAACAUCCUUCGAC